AUGUGGAUGCUUAGACGCUUAACAACAACCACCACAUUCUCCGCGUCAACGUCGACAAGCUCUUCGUCGUCCUCGUCAACAUCCUAUUCUUUAACAACCCUAUCCUCGCACACAUCAACCGCAACAAGCUCUUCUUCAACUUGGUCGUCCUCGUCAACAUCCUAUUCUUCAACGAGAAGCUCAACAACCUUGUCCGCGACCAGCACAACCACGACACAGACUGAGGGAGUUCAUGCCACCCAGGGCUUCUUGUUCCAAAGCUCGAGCGCUCUGACGCUUCAGGCUUUUGGUGCUUACUUCGCCGUCAUCGCUGGCCUUUGCAGUCUGAGGUAUUUGUGGAAGCUGCAAGACGUCAGAAACGCAAGCGACCUUCCAGGCCAAAGCUAUGGGCUGCAUGACAGCGUGGGCAACGACGGAGACCUUAGAGAGCCUAGUCAGGCGGAGGUGCAAGAAGGUGGUCAGGUGGAGGUUGGAGCGGAACCACAUGCUUACUCAGAAGACACCAGUGCCAGGGGUUUGCUAGACCGGUGGAAGAACAGCCCGUGGUUUCUCGCGAUGCUUAUGCUCUUCGAGUCCGUGAACCUGGUCUCUUCAACCAUUUACGUCGUGGAGGCCUAUCAGCGAGCCGUCCUGACGGAUCUUUAUGCAACGUGCUCUGACGGCACAGUACUCGUACCCAUUUUCGCAGCAGAAUGCCCCGCAGAGAAAGCGAUGCUGAAUGGCAUCCGCAACUGCGAUGCUGCCCUUGCGAUCGGUGACGUUUGCGGAGCAGACGCCUUCACCGACGGAAGUAAGAACUGUGACACGAGGGACACGCUGCAAAACUGCGGCAUGUAUGAUUUUUACCGCAGGACAUCAACAUGCGGUGACUGUGCAAUGCUUGCCCACCUUCUGUGGGUGUGUGCAGCCGCCUCUGUUUUCUGUACGGUUGGUUGGACCUGCCGUUUCUACACCAAGAGACUGGAGGUCCGUUUUCUUACAGUCCGGCCUCGCCUUAGGUGGCAGCACCAUUUCGUUUAUGCUUUUCUAUGCAUUUGGCUGCUCCUUGCCGCCGGCAUCGGCUUCUUCAUGGAAGGCGGCACCGCAGUGCUGCUGAUGGCCGUCCUUUGCCCGGCAGUUGCUUGGCUGCUGUGGCUCUUCGUUCUAGCCAUUGUCGUGCACGACCAAGCUGCAGAGGAGGAGGUCUUAGUUCAGCAAUCGGCAGCCCUGGAGUUGCCGCUUUUCAAUAUGCUGGUUGCCUUCUUUCUGGAGGAGAAAGCCAUCCGGCAGCUGAGCCAGUUCCGCCUUCCACUUCAGCAAGGUCUCCGAAUUUUCGAAGACCUGCCAGAGUGCAUGGUCGGUGCCGUGGACCUCCUGUUCUUCGGGGGCAGCUGGUUCACCGCCUUGGGCAUCGGUAUGUCUCUGCUCAUGAUCACAUUGCAGCUGAGCAUGGCUGUAUCUGCCAACGUACUGCAGCAAGCGAGACGCAUAGCAAGGCCGGGCCACAGACGACAGAUAGACCGAGAGUGA